AUGACUUCUACCAUUGGAAUCCCGAUCAAGCUGCUCAACGAAGCAACCGGUCACAUUGUUACCGUCGAAAUCACAUCUGGCAAUGUCUACCGUGGCAAGCUACUCGAAGCCGAGGACAACAUGAACUGCCAACUCAGAGACAUCACCGUCACAGCAAGAGAUGGUCGCGUAUCACAUCUGGACCAGGUCUACAUUAGAGGAUCGCACGUCCGAUACUUUAUCGUUCCGGACAUGUUGAGAAAUGCGCCCAUGUUCAGAGCAAGAAACGUGCGUGGAAGAGGUGUCGGUCUGGCCAGAGGUCGCGCUACCGUCAUUAGAGCCAGAGGUCAAAGAGGUGGACCCCGUGGAUAA